CACCGAACUGUUUCCCGGCUCUCCGUCCUCCGGCGACCCGACACUAAUCUCUGUCACUUUCUUCACAACAGAGCUGCCAUCACAUCCUCCGACCCGACGGAACUCGGAGGAGAUGGGCCCACCCAAAACCCUCCGCACGAUCUCGCAGGAAGCUUUCGACGAGGUCGUAAGAGAGAAUGUGGAGGACCUGGGGAUGGAUCCGGCCGAGGCUCUCCAGGAUGCCAUCGAAACCCUAACUCUACAAGGCGUUGAUCUCUCAGGCAUUGUGAGGUGUGUUCCUGGAGAGGGUAGCGCGAUGGAUAACCCUUUGGUACAGAGCUUGGAGAGGCUGAAACAAUUGGACGGUGAUUUGAAGGGUGGAAUCACCGAUGGUGAUGUCGACGAGAUGGUGGUAUUGUUUGAUAGGACAUCGGAGCUGUGCGGAGCGAAUGAGGAAUCGGGGAAUGCGUCGAUUGCAUCGAGAAAUGGUGGAUUGGGAUUGCUGUGUUCUCUUUGUUCUAAGAUUCCAAGUGAUUGCGAGCGUGCUGUUGCUUCCGCUUUGAAGACAAUGGUGUCGUUGCUUCAUGAUUUACAAAGUACGGAAAUAUUUCGGAACAGCAAUGGACCCAAAAUCGUCAUGGGCAUUCUAAAUAAUGGGAAGCAAAACGUUGACAUCUUACAUGGUGGUUUUGCUGUUGUUGCUGCGUCUGCGACUGCUAAUGAGGUUCUUAAAGAAUCAUUCAUGGAGAUGAAAAUUGAUGAGCUCAUUUUGCAGACACUGAGUACGAACAGAGGAGACUGUAUUAGCAGCUUAUAUGAUGCUAUUCGGGUUCUGCUGACACCUGAUGAUAAUCGUGUAGUUGCUUCUCAAGUUUAUGGUUAUGCCCGAAGAUUUGCAAAAAUUGGAAUUGCUAAUGCUCUUGUCGACUCGCUACAUGAUGGGCUUAGCUCAGCUGGUCUGGUUUCAGCAAGCAUUGCUUUAAAAGCUGUUGCUGUUAAUGAUGAAAUUUGUAAAUCCAUAGCUGAAAAUGGUGGUAUUGAUGCAGUUCUGAGGUGUAUUGAUGACAGUGGUGAUCAAGGCAAUAAAAUCGUAGCUAGAACUAGUUGUUCUUUGUUAUCAAAGUUGGCAGGAAGCGACACAAACAAGAGUGCUAUUAUUGAAAAGAAAGGAUUGGAUAAACUAAUCAGGCUUUCGUCCAGAUUUAGUGAUGAUCCAUCUGUUCUGCAGGAGGUAAUGUCGAUUAUAUCAGUGCUUACUUUAAGAUCCCCAGAAAAUGCAACACGAGCCAUUGAAGCUGGAGCCGGAGAUCUGGCCAUUCAAGCUAUGCAGAAGUUCCCUUCAGCUCAACAAAUGCAAAGGAACUCAUGUCACAUGAUCCGAAAUCUCGUAGUGAGGAACCCAGAAAACAGAGCUCUUCUGCUCAAAAGCGGAGUCGAGAAAUACAUUCGAAGAGCGAAGCAAAGCCAUGAAAGCUGCAAGGACGCCGCGAGCGAUGCAUUAAGGGACUUGGGGCUUGACAACUAUCUGUAGCCCUCGAGAGUUUGAUCCAUUGCCAAAGUUCACUAUCUUUUGUGCAACUUUGAUUGAUCACUUGCUUGCCUUUCACUUCUGGUGUGUAUUCGUAAAUCUGUCGUAGGGAAGAAAUUCAACUUGUUUGCUCAAUUUUUAGUCCACGUGGCCAAAAUUCAUUGGCCCUACAUGUAUGUAACAAAUACUUUACCUUAGACUUAUUAGGCUUAUGUUUUUACUCGUGUUUAUCAAAAGUUCCUUGGUGUGGAUGCCUCUGGUACAGAGAAGUAAAACUCUGAUCAAAAGGAAAAAAAAAACAAGUUAGAAUUAGAAUGAGUUUGUUUUUGUAAAA